AUGCUGCGGCCCCUUUCACUGCCGGCCUGGUUCGGCUUAGCAGCAGCGGCUGCGGCAGCUGUGCCACGCGUUGCUGUGGUAGGUGCCGGCAUCAACGGUGGGUCCGCCGUCCACUUUCUGCGCGAUCUCCUCGGUGACGGUGUCGACAUCACGGUCUUCGAGGCUAACCGUGAGCCGGGUGGCCGAACGUUGACGAG